CAGCGGCACACGGGGUCUCGGGCAGCACCGUCUUCGCUCGCACUCCCUGAACAGCAUCUCGGCACAGCUGCCGGCGUUGAUCUGGAGUUGCAGCGAUGGCGCAGGCCUGCGACGGGAUGCCAUGUCCCAAAGCGGAAAGGAAAGAGUGGUGGUCGGGGCAUUACAGGUUGGGCCGUUUGUAUCCGUCGGCCAACAUGCGUGAUUCCUCCCUCCUGCACGACACAAAAUGGCUUCCAAACGGGCAGCUCAGCUGCUGCGACCGGCCGUCAAUGGCUUCAAGGCAUCGUCGGUGAGCCUCCAGCAUGCCGUACAACACCAGACCACCAUCAGAAGCCUCGCGACACGCGCGGGCCGCGCCCGCAAGCCCGCCCGGGUUUCAACCACCGCCGUGCGCUUCGCCUCGACUGCAACUCCUACCUCUGACGGCCAAUUGGGCAGGACGGGCCUUUAUGAGCUUCAUGCCAAGCAUGGAGCAAAGUUCGUGCCUUUUGGCGGCUAUGAGAUGCCUGUCCAGUACAGCGAUCUGAGCAUUGUUGAUUCGCACCACUGGACGCGCCAGAAGGCGAGCUUGUUCGAUGUCGGCCAUAUGGUGCAGCAUGACUUCUCUGGCCCUGGCGCCCAAGCUUUCCUGGAGCGCCUGACGCCGUCUUCCCUCUCGUCGCUAUCUGAGAACCACUCCACCCUUUCUACUCUCCUCCACCCCGACACAGGUGGCAUUGUCGACGACACCGUCAUUACCCGCCUUGCCAACAGCUUCUACGUCGUUACCAAUGCCGGCUGCAGAGAGAAGGAUCUGGCAUACCUCACCGAGCAACUGGAAACUUGGAGGAAGGACAACCCCGACAAGACCGUAGAAUGGAAGCUACGAACCAACCAGGGUCUCGUUGCCCUCCAAGGGCCUCUCGCAGCAACCAUCCUCGAGCGGGCGUUGAGCGAGCAAUCGGCUUCUGCUCUCAAGUCUUUGUACUUUGGCCAGUGCAUGCCGGGUACUAUCAAGGGUACUGAUGUGGAGGUCUUGAUUAGCCGUGGUGGCUAUACCGGCGAGGACGGAUUUGAGAUCAGCAUUCCCCCUCCUGCCACCGAAGCCGUCACGCAAUUCCUGCUAGACUCAGCCAAGGACGAGCUCCGCCUUGCGGGUCUGGGAGCGCGUGACACCCUGCGCCUUGAGGCUGGCAUGUGCCUCUACGGCCACGAUCUCGAUGACACCACCACGCCCGUCGAGGCCGGUCUCUCGUGGAUCAUUGGCAAAGACCGCCGCGCAAACGGUGGUUUUCACGGAGAUUCUGUCAUCCUGCAGCAGCUUAAGAAGAAGUCUGAGGGCGGCGGCGUCACCCGUAGACGUGUCGGCUUGAUUAUUGAGGGGUCGCCUGCCCGCGAAGGCGCUGAGAUUGUGGACGAGGCUGGUGAGAAGAUCGGCAACAUCACAUCCGGAUGCCCCUCACCCACAGCGAAGAAGAACAUCUCUAUGGGCUACAUCAAAGAUGGCAUGCACAAGAGCGGAACUCAAGUGCAGGUUAUAGUCAGAGGCAAGAAGAGGAAGGCAACUGUCACGAAGAUGCCGUUCAUCGGCAGCAAGUACUAUAAGGCGCCAGCACCGGAUCCAAAAUAGAUUGUAAUCGUGUUAUUGUGCCUGGGCUAGAUUCAACUCUGCGCAGCUCACUACAACCUUGACUUUUUCGUCUUGAUGCUUUCCCAAUCCUCUUUCCCGUACGGUACAUACCGGUCACUGCCCUGUGGUAGCCAGUACAUCCGAUCUUCACCAGUAAUCAAGUCUGGAUCCACACCCUC